GGCGCCAUGAACCUCCUCCCGUGCAACCCGCACGGCAACGGGCUGCUCUACGCCGGCUUCAACCAGGACCACGGAUGCUUCGCCUGCGGCAUGGAGAACGGCUUCCGCGUCUACAACACCGACCCGCUCAAGGAGAAGGAGAAGCAAGAAUUCCUAGAAGGAGGAGUUGGCCAUGUUGAAAUGUUAUUUCGCUGCAACUAUUUGGCUUUAGUUGGUGGUGGAAAAAAGCCGAAAUACCCCCCCAACAAAGUAAUGAUCUGGGAUGACCUGAAAAAGAAGACUGUUAUUGAAAUAGAAUUCUCUACAGAAGUCAAGGCAGUCAAAUUGCGGCGGGAUAGAAUUGUGGUUGUUUUAGACUCCAUGAUUAAGGUGUUUACAUUCACACACAAUCCUCAUCAGUUGCACGUCUUUGAAACCUGCUAUAACCCUAAAGGCCUCUGUGUCCUGUGCCCCAACAGUAACAACUCCCUCCUGGCCUUUCCGGGCACACACACGGGUCAUGUGCAGCUUGUGGACUUGGCUAGCACUGAGAAGCCACCCGUGGACAUUCCUGCCCACGAGGGCGUCCUGAGCUGCAUUGCACUCAACCUGCAGGGAACAAGAAUCGCAACUGCAUCUGAGAAAGGGACCCUUAUAAGAAUAUUUGAUACUUCAUCAGGGCAUUUAAUCCAGGAACUACGAAGAGGAUCUCAAGCAGCCAAUAUUUAUUGCAUUAACUUCAAUCAGGACGCUUCCCUCAUCUGCGUGUCCAGUGAUCACGGAACAGUGCACAUUUUUGCUGCUGAAGAUCCAAAGAGGAAUAAACAGUCUAGUUUGGCAUCAGCCAGUUUCCUUCCAAAAUACUUCAGUUCCAAGUGGAGUUUCUCCAAGUUCCAGGUUCCCUCAGGCUCUCCAUGCAUCUGUGCCUUUGGAACAGAGCCCAAUGCAGUUAUUGCAAUUUGUGCCGAUGGCAGCUACUACAAGUUCCUAUUCAACCCCAAGGGGGAAUGUAUCCGGGAUGUCUACGCGCAGUUUCUAGAAAUGACCGACGACAAGCUGUGACGAUACUAGGAGUGCAACCUACAGCUGUUGCCCACAGCGCUGAGUGUGCCCCUCACAUUCCUGGGGCUGGUGCCAGCGCCCAUGGGCCUUGUGGGUGACAGGCUAAGGGACUGCCCAGGGACAUUGGUCGAAGCCAUACGUGGUAUCAUUUUCCUGAGCACGGCUUCCCAUUUCCAGUAUUAAAAAUUGUCACCUGGCACCGUCAACACUCCAGUACUCUGAACAGCUCAUGUCGCUGGCAGCUUAUUCCCGUAGUUCAACUGUGACGCCGGCUUUCUUGGUUCCACUGCAUCAUCAUACCUACCGUCGAGUCUGAACAAACUGAGGGGUGGACUUGGCAAAGAUACACCAGUGAAAAUGUUUUCGACAACAGAUCCCAUCGUUUUUCCCGGAGUCUGUAUCUGUGUAUAAUUGUUUUUACGUUAUAACCAAAUUUACGUAGAAUCCUAAUACCAGCAGCUUGCCUUAGGAAAGGAGAAGGGAAUGCCUUCUAGCCAAAGGGAGAAAACGGCCACGGGGUAGGCAUUUCCCUUCGGAUUCCUGGUCCCAGUCCUGGUCCUGUGCCUGGUGCAGCCUGUGGUGUGGUUGUGUGCUCAGCUGGGUCCUGUCUGCAGUUGCAGCUGUGAGGACUGUGGCAAAGGUCUGGGCCACAGGUGAGAGACUUGAGCGUCAUGUGACUGCUGUCUCCUGGGGAAGCCCCUGCCCCGUGCCGACUUUCAAACUUAGAGAAGUAAGUGUCCCUUAGUCUAGAGCUUAUGGAGGGCACUUCCAGCCUUUCAAACCGUGCUGGGCAGGGCAGGGGCCACUUAGCUCCUUCGCCAUCUCUCCCCACUUGCAUUUGGAGAAUGAAAGGCACAUAACAUUUUCUAACAUUUGGUAACUAAAAUAGGUCAUGGGCUCUGUCUUAUUCUUAGUACUACUUGAGGUAUACAUUUAAUUUCGUUAUAUUCCCUUUAAAGAAAUUUAACUUUAUGGUUUUGAUUUCAGGUUGGAGAUAUUUAAACCUGUAGCAUCAAGUUCUCAGUUUUGCCGUUUUCUUUACUGUCAUGUAAUCAACUAACUUUGUAUGUGGAUUUCAAUGUGAAGUAUGCAUGUUACUUUUGUGUAAUCAUGAAAUUUAAUUUUGCACACUUAUUUGUAAUGUUUCUUUUCAAUAAAAGUGACUAAUUUUGUUGUA